CGCUGCGGUGGAGUCCAGCUGUACCCGACCGUCUGCGCUGGCCAUGCAGGAGCCCCUGCUAAGAGCCGAGGGACUGGACUAUGACACCUUCCCCGAGGCGCCCGCGCCGCCUGGAGAGAGGGCACGGGCCGGGGCCUUGCAAAACAGAAGGGUGUUCCUGGCCACCUUUGCUGCUGUGCUGGGCAAUUUCAGCUUUGGGUAUGCCCUGGUCUACACGUCUCCAGUCAUCCCUGCACUGAAGCUCUCUUCUGACCCAGCACUACACCUGGACAAAAUCCAGGCAUCCUGGUUUGGGUCCGUGUUCACCUUGGGUGCCGCAGGGGGCCUCAGUGCUAUGCUGCUCAAUGACCUCCUGGGCCGGAAGCUCAGCAUCAUGUUCUCAGCCGUCCCCUCAGCCAUUGGCUAUGCACUCAUGGCCGGUGCCCAUGGCCUCUGGAUGCUUCUGCUGGGAAGGAUGUUGACAGGCUUUGCCGGGGGACUCACUGCUGCCUGCAUCCCGGUGUACGUGUCUGAGAUUGCACCCCCUGGUGUUCGUGGGGCCCUGGGGGCUACACCGCAGCUCAUGGCCGUGUUUGGAUCCUUGUCUCUCUAUGCCCUCGGUCUUCUACUGCCUUGGCGAUGGCUGGCUGUGGCUGGGGAAGGGCCUGUUCUCAUCAUGGUCCUGCUGCUCAGCUUCAUGCCCAACUCGCCUCGCUUCCUGCUCUCAAAGAGCCGGGAUGAGGAAGCACUGCAGGCGCUAACCUGGCUACGAGCUGACUCUGAGGUCCAUUGGGAGUUUGAGCAGAUCCAGGAUAACGUGCGGAAACAGAGUAGCCGAGUGUCAUGGGCAGAGGCCCGAGAACCCCGUGUGUACCGGCCCAUUCUCAUUGCAGUACUGAUGCGCUUCCUGCAGCAGCUGACGGGCAUCACCCCCGUCCUCGUGUACCUACAAACCAUCUUCGACAGCACAUCUGUGGUGCUGCCCUCCCAGCAGGAUGCAGCUAUAGUUGGUGCCGUGAGGCUUCUGUCUGUGCUGAUUGCUGCUGUCACUAUGGACCUGGCUGGCCGAAAAGUCCUGCUCUAUGUGUCAGCGUCCAUCAUGUUUACUGCCAACCUGACGCUGGGACUGUAUGUCCAGUUUAUGCCAAGGCCUCUGACCCCCAACAGCACUGUGGACAUCGUGACGCUACAGGGCACAGAGCCCCCAGCCACAGCCUUCAAUUAUCUCACCCUGAUACCCCUGCUGGCCACCAUGCUCUUCAUUAUGGGCUAUGCCAUGGGCUGGGGGCCCAUCACCUGGCUCCUCAUGUCUGAGGUUCUGCCCCUGCGUGCCCGUGGCGUGGCCUCAGGGCUCUGCGUGCUGGUCAGCUGGCUCACAGCCUUUGUCCUCACUAAGUACUUCCUGCUGGCAGUGAAUGCCUUCGGCCUCCAGGUGCCUUUCUUCUUCUUCUCGGCCAUCUGCCUGCUCAGCCUGCUCUUCACAGGCUGCUGUGUGCCUGAAACCAGAGGCCGCUCGCUGGAGCAGAUCGAGGCCUUCUUCCACACUCGCAGGAUGUCCUUCAAGCCCUAGUAAGGGCCUUGCCUGUAAGAGGCCAAACCACCCAGGCCAGGCCUACGCACUGGCCACAGAUUCACACCUGCAACUGGGAGCAGCAGCACCCCUGCCAUCAGCCAGAGCACACUUCCACCUCGGGACAGGCAGUUCGCCAGGCUGCCUGCUGGUGAGCCCCAGCAGGCAGCCUGCAGUGCUGUAAUACCUCAGCUGAGAUCCGCAGGGGGAGCAGGCAGCCCUUCCCCAGACCGAGCAAAGGCUGUACCCAAGAACAAGGCUGUUGGGACCUCUGAUCUGGUCCCUCAUUCCUACAAGGAGCACUUCCCAUGUAGGAACAUGUUGAGGACAGAAAACAGAGAUGGAGGUGGCAAAGUGGCAUUGUACAAGGACAUUGCCACAUAAUUCUGUUCUGAUCUACUGGCCAAGGGGAGGACAGGAUCCUGUACUCACAACAGUCUGGGUACCUUGGGGAACAUUGGACUUCAAAAGGCCAGAGCACAGGACCCAGUCCCACUUUGGAUACCUCUAGUCUGCAAACUGUUCAUUGCUUUUUAAAAUAAAGGAGCUGGGCCUACAGCCUCAGGAAGGAAAGGGGAGUGGGGUCUAUUCCAGGGAGAAUCUACCCCAGCAGCCAGAGCUGGGCCUACAGCCUCGGGAAGGAAAGGGGAGUGGGGUCUAUUCCAGGGAGAAUCUACCCUAGCAGCCAGGCCAUCCCCAUCCCAGCCCGGACUGCCAGAGCACUCUGGACACUGUGAGUGCAGAGAAAGCAACAGUCACUGUGGGGUUUAGGGCCAGCUUGCCCUCUACGCCUAGGCUCUCUCUUGGAGACCCUGUGAGCAGGCUCAGACCAGGCUAGGCCCAGCUAACAUUGAUAGGGUCUCCCUGCCAGUUACAGGUACUGAAGGACAGAAGGUGACAGGCAGACUGUGCAUACCAACUACAAACUUGCUUUACUCCAAAUGUAACCCAAUCAAACAAACCAGGGGUGGGUGGCAAAAGGAGCCACAGGAGACACCCAGACAGACAAGAAUGGGGCCUAGUCUCGGCUGGACAGUGGCCAUGCUCAGAGGCAAAGCAAUGGGCUCCAGGGCCACUGUGUCAUGGACCUGCCAAGAACCUCAGGACAUAAGUGACUGACCACCCCAUAUUGGUCUAUGUCUGAGGGCCUCAACCUUUAUACCUUAGCCCAUGCCUGCCCAGCACAAAUGGAUUCCCUAGUGAGGUACAAUCGCACGCACUAUACAUGUAGCCUUUGCUUUCUACUGCAGAGGCAGGAGGGCUGGUCAGAACUGGCCUGAGUCCAUGCCUAUCCAAGUAACCAUCGGAGUAGGUAGGGCCUUUUCUCCUCCUGGGAAAUAGACAGGUCUUACUGUUGAACACAGGCCCUGACUCAUACAAACACACAUACACAGAGCCCUUGAAACCCAUCCCUGGCUC